CAGCACCCUUGGUGCUGGAGGCGCAGCCACCCCAUACAUUUAAAAACUGAGCCAUUACAUUUCGGUUUGUGGACACCGAGCCUGGCUCCAGGAAAAGCCUCCUGAGCCUGAUGAGCCCUGCUCUUGUCUGGGGGAGGAAGACAGCGCAGACGGUUUGUUUGUGAGAAAGGAUUGGUGGCGAGAAGUACUCAAACUAAAACGCCCUUCAUUGGGAGGAGCUUUUUUUGCCUUACUUGGUCAGUUCAGUAACUUUCUGUUUCUGUUCUUGGCGACCAAUGACUUUGCACAUGAUCUAGCUCCUAACCGGCUCGUACACGGUCAUUUGUUCAACAGAGCUGGUUUGCAUGUCACCGAAAUCCCCUCCUACUCCCGCUCCCACUAAAUGCUGCCGAACUUCACAGGCAGCUGCCACACUUCAGCCACUGCACCUACAGAAGAAGACCUGUCACUGUCAGAAGCUGCAAAGUUCAGACUCGGGGACAAAAGCGCACAGGUGCCUCUGGCUUCCCCUCGGAGUGAGCUCAAAAUGGAAGACGCUAAGAUGGAAGGACCCAAGCUGAACAUCCUGCUCGUGGGCAAAACUGGAAGUGGGAAGAGUGCGACAGGGAACACCAUCCUUGGCAAGAGAGCAUUUGAAACUAUGGUGUCAGUUGAUUCAGUAACCAAGAGCUACAGUGCAGAGAGUGCCUCAUUCCGUGGAAGAGACAUUACCGUUAUCGACACUCCUGGCUUUUUUCACACCCAGAGAGCCAAUAAGGAAACAGCUGAACUGAUUGGAAAUGCUCUUCGUCACUUCUAUGGAGGGGUGCAUGCUAUCAUCCUGGUGAUGCAACUGGCCGAUACCAGUAAAGAAGAGGUGGAAGUGGCUGAGUGGGUGACAAAGAUUUUCCAUACUGAAGCACAGAAGUACACGAUCCUGUUAUUCACCCGAGCAGAAGAUCUUGGGAGUCCAGAUGAUAUCCGCGAUUUCGUGGAAAAAAGCACGUACCUCAGUGGGAUUGCAGAAAAAUGUGGAAAUAGGUACAUUGCUUUCAGCAACAUAGCAGCAGAGCAGAGAAGGAAACAGCAGGUUGCAGACCUCAUUAAAAUGAUUGAUGCGAUGGUAGAGAAGAACAAAGAUGCUCCGUGUUACACGCGAGAAAUGCUGGAGGAACAUACACGGACGGCUUUUGGAAAGCUGCCGAGUGUCCGGACCGAGUGUGGGGCCAAGGGCAGGGCUCUGAACAUCCUGCUCGUGGGCAAAACUGGAAGUGGGAAGAGUGCAACAGGGAACACCAUCCUUGGGAAGAAAGCAUUUGAAUCUAUGGUGUCAGCAGAUUCAGUGACCAAGAGCUACAGUUCAGACACUGCCUCAUUCCGUGGAAGAGAAAUUGCCGUUAUCGACACUCCUGGCCUUUUUGACACCCAGAGAGCCAAUAAGGAAACAGCUGAACUGAUUGGAAAUGCUCUUCGUCACUUCUAUGGAGGGGUGCAUGCUAUCAUCCUGGUGAUGCAACUGGCCCACAUCAGUAAAGAAGAGGUGGAAGUGGCUGAGUGGGUGACAAAGAUUUUCCAUACUGAAGCACAGAAGUACACGAUCCUGUUAUUCACCCGAGCAGAAGAACUUGGGAGUCCAGAUGAUAUCCGCGAUUUCGUGGAAAAAAGCACGUACCUCAGUGGGAUUGCAGAAAAAUGUGAAAAUAGGUACAUUGCUUUCAGCAACAUAGCAGCAGAGCAGACAAGGAAACAGCAGGUUGCAGACCUCAUUAAAAUGAUUGAUGCGAUGGUAGAGAAGAACAAAGAUGCUCCGUGUUACACGCGAGAAAUGCUGGAGAAAGACACACGGACAGCUUUUGAAAAGUAUUGUACCAUACUCUAGCCAACAAGGCUUUGGUCAGACGGGUGAUGAUUCCUCUCUUGUGCCUUUCCUGCCGCGCUCUGAAGAUCACUCUCUCCUUCCUCUCUUGAUGUUUCCUCCUGUCCCGUCAGUGACCUACCUUUUCCCCUGGCCCGUGCCAUUGCUCUCCUGACAGGCUGCGAGAGUGCAAAGGGUGUCUGGUGA